GUUUGACAUGAGAUUUGACGUUAUACAACUUAUUCAAGGCAAGUAUAAAAACGUCGUUCGGAUAAACUAAAAGCAAUAUAAGAAUGGAAGCCUAAAUAAAUCCUACAAAAUAUAAAAUUAAGGUAUUUAGUAAUAUUUAUGUUUAUAAUGCUAGAUUUUUUAUAUAAAUACAUAAAACCCAUAAAAAAUAGGCAUGUUUAUAAAACCUGGUAGCUCAAACAGCUUGAUCUGUCAUCCUUGUUUUUGUAGAGUACACAGAGAAAGUGCAUUUUACGCAAAAUAAAUACGAUUACACCUUAUAUUUUGCUAUCAAAUGGAUUCUAACUGCUCGACGCACUAAUUAACUUUCUAUUUGCCUCUAAAGUUUAUUAACAUUGCACUUGCGUGCAAUGGAAGGCACGGCGGCGCUCCGCGGCGCGGCGCCGCGCUGGAGCCUCGCCGGAGACCAGCAGCUUUUAGACCUCCUUCAAGACAUACAUCAGAGAAUAAUCUCGAAAUGCAACGAGACAAACAAAAGAUUGGACGAGAUGUCGAGGGGGCUCCGAGACGCCAGUGUUAAUCUGCAGAACGUCAAUAACAAGUUCCUAGCCCUGAGCAACACACAGUUUGUGGAAAGCCGCGUGUAUGAGGACGACGCGGAUGUGGCACCCCCCGCCGUCGAGAAGGAACCACCCAAACCCAAAGACCUAGCUUCAGACCUAACCAAGCUGAAAGAGAGCCUGCAGAUCCUGGAGAGCUACCACGAGCCCCUUCUCAUCGUGAGGGACAGUGACAGCGAUAGCGAUAGUGAUGAGAACGAUGACAGGUUGGUUCUUAAACCUAAAGACCUGUACGCCGACAGACCUCUCCCUUACAUCAUAGGCUCACAAGCGUGGAAGAGCAAAUGGCAUGCAGGACUGGUCCCAGAUGAGAGUGACUCUGACAGCUCAACAUCGAAGGUUGAGGAAGUGGAACAGUAUUCAGAAUCUGAGGAAGAACGGCCUGUGGAACACUAUAUGCCGGAUAGGACGAUGUCUACAAGCACGCUUUCUCUACAAUCGGAAGCGCCCGUCUCUGUCUCUCCCGUACGCCCGUCCCCUGCCGCCGUGGCUGCGGACUUAGCUCGGCGGUUGGGGGGAGAUAUUAAGAUACCGGAAAGAGAACCAGUGUACACUCAACCGGAAACAGUUCCCCGGAAGUUGUACAAACCACAGGAGCCGUUAGCUACAACAAUUUUCCCCGACGAGCCGCCGCCACUAGACGACCAGUCAAGCGACGACGAUAUUUUCGCGGAGCUGCACAAAUCUCAACCUAAACCCCAUAGCAGUAGGGUCGAAGAUCUAUUCGACUUUAGCACCAAACCGAGUGGACUUGAAGAAGCGCUGUUCGGAACGCCAAAGGUGCAAACAAACCAAAACAUAGACAAACCUCCUCUAUUCCCUGAAGAUUCGGAAACGAAAAUAUCAGAAACAACAAAGACAGUAACUAAAGAACAACCCGAAGACAAUAUCAAAAAACCCGUUGGUGGCAUAUCCUUGUUCGGUACAAACAAGCACGCGGAAAGCAUAGGGGCAGCCAUCUUGAAACGGAACCGCCGGAAAUCAUCCACUUCCGGCGAUGAAAGUAACACUGAAGAAGUCCAAGUCAAAGAACCUGUCAAAGAAAAGAAAGAGAGAGAUAUAUUCGAUGAUCUAUUUGCUAAAUCUGAGAAACUAAAUAAAAAGAAUGACAAAUCUGAAGUGGUUAAAUCAAAACCAGUGCAAAAGGAGGUUACUCUACCAAAAGAAGCUAAAAAAGACAUAUUUAGUGAUAUAUUUGAUGAUAUAGAUGAUAUAUUCUCUAGUGAUAUUGUGGUACAGGUUAAACCGACUGUUAAAAAUGAUAAGUCUCUGUUCAGUGAUGAUGAUGAUUUAUUUGCUGAAGUGUCGACGGUUAAAAAAGAUAGUGAAAAAGAUAAGGUGGUUAGUGAAAAAUCUAAUUCGUAUGGUGCUAAGCCAAAAGUGGCUACGUUAUCGGGUGUUACUAAUGUUGAAAAAGGUGAUGCUAAAAAGGAAAAUAAGGUAAUUAAGGAAAUAAAAGAAACAACGAGCAUUUUUGAUUCAGAUAGUGAUGAUGGAUUAUUUACGAAUAUUUCUAAAAAUGUUAAACGCAAUAUAGAUAAAGAAAGUAAACCAGUUGUUAAUAAACUAAAAGAUCAUUUAUUUGAUGAUGAUGAUGAUGGAUUAUUUACCAAAAGUAAUACCAUACCGAAAGUUGAUAAAAAUAUCGGUAAAAUGACUGAACAUAGUAAAAAGGCCUUGUUUGAUUCCGAUGAUGAGCUGUUUAAAGAUACGAAAAAUAUAAUAGAUGCAAAACCAUCUCAAACCUGUCCAAACUCUACUGCAGUUGCAAAUAUGGAUGAUGAGUUAUUUACAGCUAAUGUUAUACCCGAGAAACAAUCAAACAAACCCGAUAUUAUUAAUUCAGUAAAUAUUGAGCGCAAUGAAGUUAAAAGUACCCAAGAAACAAAUAUACCUACAGUGCAGCCAACAGUAACAGAUAGUAUAAACAAUGACAUAGACAAUAAUAUACCUCCUUUUGAAUCUCAGAAAAAAACAACUCCAGAAUCUAGCCAUGACAGUUUUGAUGACGAAGAUACAAAGGAAUCUACUUCUAAAAAUAAUAACAAAUAUGCAGAUAUCAACCAAUAUUCUGAAAACAAAGGCAACAGUGGCCAAAGUAAAGAUGAUAUAUUUAGUAAAAAUAUUUUAAGAACUACAAGAAUAGCAGCGGACGAGGAAAACAUACAUGUAACAGCUAUUCUCAACGACUCUGAUGAUGGUUUGUUUCAUAGUAAACCAAAAAUUCCUAACACUGAAAAUGUUAAACAAGUUCAACAAACAACAAUUGCACCACAAACUUCAAAUGUAUUUUCAAGUGCUGACAAAAAUGAUAUAUUUACUGAUAUUUUUAAUGAUGUACCACCAGUUUUCGAAAAACCGAACGUGCCCAAAAAGUCUAAAAACGUAAACGCGCUCUUUGAUGACGAUUCCGAUGACGAAGCUUUGUUUUUCAAGAAAAGUGAUAUCAUCACUGACGAGAAACCAGUUAUUAGUCCUAGCGAGGAAAGAUUUGGUAUUUUCAACGAUGAGCCCCCGGCUAUAGAUAUCGAUUUUACUCAAAAGCCUAGUAAAAAAGAAGAAGUAAUAAAAACUGCUCAGAAAUCGGAAGAUCCUCCAACGUUUGAUAGAACUGAUAGUAUGUCAUCUAAAGCAAUUGAGACUGACAUCAUUAGUAAAUCGGUCGAAGAACGCGAUCCUACUCAAAACAUAGAAGCUCAAGACACAACGGAUGAUACAGCCAAAGAAACUAAAAAGAUCGGCAAACUAAAACCUAUGAAUAUCAACAUAAAUGUUAACUCGCUCUUACCAGGAGCUUCUCCGAAAAAGAAACAAAUUGAAAAUGUCGAAGUUAAGCAAGAACACACAGCAAGUAACGAAGAAUUACACAAAGCUGACAAAACCGAACCUAAAAUGGUAAAAUCCAUCAGUUUUGAUGAUCCCGAAAUAUUAGAUAAUAAAAUAUCAAAAGAAAGAGCUAAAAUACAAGUAAAAAGACGACCAUCGACUAGACGGGCUAGAAAAGAAGCUGCCAGGAAAUCUGCCAUCGAUUUUACAGAUUCUAGUUUUGAUAGCUCUAAUGAUAACAGUACUAAGGAAGAAGUUAAGGAGAAAGUAGUUAAAACUGUGUAUAUUUUGAAUGAUGAUGACAUUUUUGGCUCUACAAAAACAAAUGAUAAAAGUAUGGAACCUACAAGAAAACAUUUGAACAUAGUUGAUUCUGAUGAGGAGUUAUUCAAAAAACCAGAAAAGAAAACUGAAAAAGAUAAUGUUAUAAUAAAGGACCGUAAAUCAUUUGGACAACCAACUGUCGAAAAUAAAUCGUCGUUUGAUCCUAAUGAGAUUGAUGAUAUGUUUAAAAAAUCAAUUAAUACGAAAGAUAUUUCAAAUGAUGAAAUAGAUAAAGUACAGAAGGAUUCUCCAAAUGAAGAUAAAUCAGAGGGUAAUGUAGCUAAUGUAGUUGAUGAAAUAAAGAGGGAAAAUGUCAGUAAAAAGUUAGAAAAUAAAUCAUUUUUAGAUUCAGAUGACGAUGAUGAUUUGUUUAGACCAACUAAUAAAAAAUCAUCAGUAAACACAAAUGACACUCAUUCUGAUGAAAAACUCUUUAAAAGUGCUCAAACAACUCAAUCUGAUAUUCAAAAAGUGAAAGAACCUGGUAUAUUUUCGAAUUUGGAUGAAGAUGAUUUAUUUAAAGCAAAAACUAAAAUAACUAAACCAGAGUUAAAUACCAACGUUAGCUCAGACGAAGAUAUAUUUCAGAAUAAAGGUAUAGGCACUUUGGGCAAAGUUUACAAUAAAACAAAAGAUAAUGUCAAAGAAAAUAAAACAGAAGAACUAAAAGACACACAUAAUAUAUUUGACGAUUUUCCAGCAAAAUCAAUAGACAACAAUAUAGAUGAAAUACAACAAAGUAAAGUUGUAAAAGAACCAAUAGUAGAAACUGUAAAAGAAAACGUAGAGAAAGCAAAAAAAUCAAUCCUAGAUGAUCUGAGUGAUGAAGACGAUUUAUUUAAAAGUAAAACGAAAUUGAUAAGUAAAAAGGAUACGAGUCUUUUUGGAGAUGACGGUGAUGAUGAUGAUCUUUUUGGGACCAAACCUGCUAAAGAAAUCAAACAGGAUGUAUCAGUCAUUCUUCCUGUGAAGGAGCCGAAAACAGCGGAGCCGGUGUUUGUGGACCCUUUAUCGCUGUUCGAUGAUGAUGAUUAACCCUUUGCCGGCCAAACACACAACAGCUCCAAUCCAAUAUCAACUUUCGGGCAGGCGACGUUCAAUGGGUUAAAAACGGUUAACAGACUGAUGCGCACGUCGCUCCGUGAGUGGGACAGCUCUAUGUACGUAUAUAGCGAUGUCUCGCUUUCACAUUAGAGCGAUGCGAAUCGGCGUGCAAUGUGAAGACCGCCAAGAUGCCCAAUGAAUACAACUGAAGCAUUUUGUACCCGAAAUUCACGGGGUUUGUUAGUCAGACCAAAAUAAGUUGGCAGCUAUUUUAAUAUCCCAGUCAGUGCCAGUGUCCAGUGUCAUUUUAAACGUCAAACAUCUAUGAAAUCAUGACGUUUAAAUAACACUUGCACAGGCAGGGCAAUCAAAAUCUCUAUCCUCCAUACAGCGUGUUUAUUUAGUCACCUGCAAUAAUUUACGGGGGGAAUAUAUAGGUCAUACUGAGCAAUUUUCACUAUGGGACGAACCCUGACAUCUGAAAAAAUAUUUGUCUGUUUCAUACAUUUUGGCUGUUUGAUGUUUGACAUUUUAUAUGGGUGAAUAAAUUUUUUUUCGCGAAUUCGGGAUUGUUCCCAUGGUAAAAGUUGCUCAGUAUGACCUGUAUAUUUACCCCGUAAAUUAUUGCAGGUGGCUAAAUAAACAUCCUGUAUUGAGGAUAGAGAUUAUGAUUGCCCAUCCUGUGCAAGUGUUAAGUAAACGUCAUAAUUUCAUAGAUGUUUGUUUCAACAAGGUCACCAACAGACGGAGUUGGCGUCGAAUCCGGUUCUAAAGUACCUGUGGGCCUACCGCGAAAACCGAAAUUCGGAAAUUGCGGGGAUCUCCUCUUUUACUCUCACUAAGACGUUAUUAGAGUGACGGAGAAAAUUCUCUGCAAUAGAUUUUGGCGGUUAUAGCCCUGCACUGGCAGCAUAAUAAUUUAAGAAAUUGAUCCUUAAGUGCCAAUUACAUCCACACUAUCAGGCCUGAUAUCAGACCCGAUUU